AUGCACCAGAGGGGAACACCUUGGAUGGAUGGUGUGGGACAAGUGACUCAAUGUCAGAUAGGACCCUCGUCGAGCUUUUCAUACGAGUACACUGCAAGGCCAGCUGGGACAUUUUGGUACCACUCUCACAGUGGUGCUCAAAGAACAGAUGGCUUCUAUGACGCUCUCAUAGUCAAAGAAAGCCUCGACAGAAUAACUGGAAUCCGAUGGGAACUUCCUGAGCAAUACCGUGAAUUUAUAGAUCUUCCAGGUCAGCACACCUUAACUCUUCUGGACUGGCAGCAUGAGGCAUCCUUGGAUCUAUUCACCCAGGCCCAGGCAGACUUAGGCUUCUAUCCAGACACGCCGCUUGGCGAGGUACCAGCACCAAAUGAUCCACAGUAUCAAGGCACUCGCAGUUUUGACAAUGGAAGGGCUGGGCCUGUCCCGUACUUUUCUGGAAUCGUAAAUGGCAAAGGCAGGCAUGUUGAUGUUCCAUACCACAAAACAAGACUGAGUAUAUUCACUGUUGAGUCCGGAGAGAUUUAUCGCUUUCGGCUAAUUGGGGCUCAAUCACUUUAUUCUUACAGCUUCUCCAUUGAUGGUCAUAAGCUAACCGUGGUGGGCGCUGAUGAUUAUUGGAUUAAUCCCGAGGAAGAGGUUGAUUACAUCAUGAUCCAUCCCGGAGAAAGAUAUGACUUUCUGCUCGAAGCAGAUGCGACAAGUAACGACUACUGGAUGCACGCAGAGACUAUGGAAAUUAAUCAAACUACCGGGCCACCCUAUGAGUCACUGGGACAUGUGGCAGAAGCUAUUUUGCAUUACAAAAUGUUUGGGGACUCGGAUAAUCCAGAUGAUAAUGUACCGUCGACAACAUAUCAAGACAUAAAAGACAGUUCUCCGGUCAGAGAGUGCACUCAACAGGAGACAUGCAACGCAGUGAACUGCCCUUUUGAGAACUUUCAUGAAUCCUACAACAUAAACUGUAUUAAUGUACACAACUUCAGUUUACUGGAGCCAACUCCGCUUGAGGAGCUUCCAAAUGUAAACCCUAAAACCGGAUUUGAAGGCGUAAAGUGUAGACAUUUUCUCAACUUUCAUUUCGACGGGGAAAAACAGACCAUGUCAGUGAAUGGACGCAAUUUCAUUCUUCCCUCCUUCCCACCCCAAACCCAAUAUGAAGGCUUUCAAGAAAGGGACAACAUCUGUAGCCUUAGAGCUGAUUGCAAUCCAUCAACACCCGACUGCUCCUGUGUCCACGUGAUAGACAUUCCAUACAACGAAACUAUUCAAAUGGUGUUUUCAUCAAUUGGUCCUACCCCCAGUGCUCAUCCAAUUCAUCUCCAUAGCCAUACAUUUCAUGUUGUUCACGUUGGAUAUCCAACAUAUAACCCCAUAACUGGUUAUAUCAUAAACUCCAACGGCGACAUAGCCUGCGAUGAUGUCGACUGCACUGAAGAGGACUGUGACCCGGAAAGAUGUACAAUGCCAAGAUGGAAUGAACCAAGUGAAAUGAAUUUUACCAUCGACAGCUAUACGAUCAGGAAAGACACAGUUAUGGUCCCUGCUGGGGGAUACGUUGUUAUAAAUUUCCUAUCUGAUAACCCCGGCGAGUGGUUUCUUCACUGCCACAAAGAACUGCACCAGCUCGAGGGAAUGGCGGUGAUUGUCAAUGAGGCUUUAGAAGAGCAAAACGUACUCACUCAAGUGAAGAAGCUAAGGUGUGGGGACUUUGAAAUACAUUAG